AUGAGUCAACGACCACUCUUAUUAUUUGCUGCUAUAUUUUCUAUCGCGAUUGCAAGGAGUAAAUUUCAGGUUUCCGAGCCAGCAGCCCCUGUAGAAAUCCCAGAAGAGUCCGAAGAAUAUUAUGAAGUGGACGACGACGCCGAAGAGCUGGACACAGAACCUUUGGCGGACGAGAGCCCGAUUCGGCAAUUACUGUUCUAUCGGGAAAGGAAUCUGGGAAAACUACCGCUACCCCGAAGGGUUUUUCCUGUGCUCCGAAACGGUCCCGUAAAACCUGCCAAGCAGCUCGAUCUCUCUAACGAUGUCCUGUUCCCGUCAUUUUUC